AUGAGUGACGUCUGUCUCAAGACAAUCACUAUCAAAGGAGAGUUGCUACAGUAUCUCACUAUGAAUCAUGGACAGUAUCAGCGUACGGUUAGAGAGCUUUUGAUGUUUUUGAGGUAUCGUGUGGAGCUGUAUACCUUGGAUCGAGAUCAAUGGGUUUUGAAGGCUAAGGGUACCACUGGUAACCUAGGAGAUUUUGAAGAUGUUGUAGGCGACAUAACCGGAUGUGGAAAUGUGAUUAUGGCUAUCAAAACCACGAAGGGAGAAAAUGUAUGA